GUCAAAACACAAUUUUUAUGGGUAGUGGAUGAAGACUGACUAAAAACUAGACUGACACCUGCAGCAGUACUGAUGGGGUGGGCCGGACCCUGCUUUCACUGUAUUUUUCAGCGCUGUUAGACACAAUGGUCUCGCUGUAUCCAUGCGCCUGCAAAAGAUGAGACUGGACUCAUCAGGAUUGAGUUAACUGCAUGCACUAGUAGUGUCUUCCUGUCAAACUCUAAAAAGCAGGUAGUACUGCAGCAAACACCAUGUUCAAGUACACUCCUCCCUGGCAGGUGCUGUGUAACAGCCUGGAUCAUGAUUUUAAGAGACAGGCAUCAACUGUGACGGUCAACCCAUAUGAUGCAAGCACUCACUCCUCAGUAGAGGAGCAGGCUGUGAUCCAUUCCCAUUCUUCUCUGAGACCACCACUUCCCAGGCCUGCCCAGAACCAUCCACCAACCGGAGACCCCAUGACCAGCAACCCAAAGCGUUGGGUGAUAAAGCCCCUCUCCCCUAAGCUAGAGCAGUCAGAUUUGCGCUCCAUAGUGAGCCCAACUGGCCAACCACAGUUGCUAGAGAAUACGUACAGUAGCAAUCAGGACGGUGACUCUUUCAGGUUCAGCUUGGAAAGUAUAACAGUAACAGGCAUGCAGCCUACUGUGAUGGUGUCAUCUGGGAGUAGCACUCCAGAUGUGGUAGUCCAGGCUCGGCAAGUGCCUGUGUCUGAGGAUGGAAGUGACAGUGAAGACUAUAGGCCUAGUACCCCAAGCAGUACAGGCUCAUAUGUUGGAUUCUAUUCCUUUGUAAAUGACCCAGCAAGCCCAGAAGCAGAGAUGAAUGAAGUCUACAUGGUUUCUCCACAAAGGCACGCCAAACUGAAUACCUUGAAGGAGAAGAGUACCUUUAAGCUACAGACAUACACAGAAGAAAAGAGACCUGGAAGGCUAUUUGAAGAAAUUAACGGAGAUGAACAUUACCAAAUUGAGGAUACCUUCACAGUCAAUGAAGACGGGGAAAAUCCAGACCGAAUGGAGAUCAUCCGGAAUCAGGCACCCAGGAAAAGCCCUGCCCUUAAAAAGCAAUGGAGUACCUUAGAAAAUCUGGACCUCAGUAACACUCCGCUAAGGCUCCUGGAUGGGUUUAGUCUAAACUACAAACCAGUGAGUGUAAAGACUGAACAAACCAGGGUUGAGUCUGGCACUAUAGACAAUGAGCAAAUUGACUUCAACGCAGCACGAAAGCAGUUUCUAAUGAUGGAACAAUCAAAACAGAAUCCCUUCCUACAGAGUCCGGAGAGGCUCCCUUAUUCCUCCAAACUGCGAGGAAGAUGUCUAUCCUCAAUGGCCAGCAUCUUCAGUCCAAAACAAGUAAGCAAAGAGAACAGCAUAGAGGAGAAUCAGAUCCCACUAGUAACACAACAAGAAAUAGAAGUAAAGACUGUAACUAUGACUGAGGAUUCAGAAAAUAGAGUUCCAAGUGCUGCCAUAGAUGAUAUUGACUCUGGUCUUGGUGACCGAAGUGGAGGCUAUGCCAGUGAUGGUAGCAAUUCAAACGAUCCUUCAAUUUCAGAGAUGGAAAGUAGCUUGACAAUGCUGAUUGCAGAGGAGACUCCCAUUCAAAGGGAAAUCAGAAUUGCCCAACAACGGGAAGAGAGUCUACGUCGAUCAAGGGGUAUCUUGCACAAAGACAAUUCAGAGAUGGUGGAAAUCAGGAUAAAGCCAAUUCUGUCCCUUUCAUCUCCACAGGUGAAAGCUCCAAAAACCAAAGAACCAAACAGAGUGAGUUUCCUUAUUCGGAGAGAGCUUGAACUUGAGAAACUGCGACAGAUCACAAACAGUGUUUUAAGCCAUAAUACCCAAGAGAACCAAGUACAGGACAAUAAGUCACAACCGGAUGAAAUUCCAGUCACAUCUUUGAGAGCGAGUUUAAGCAAAAGUCCCACAACUGAUUUAGAGCAAAGCACAGUCUCUGCAGAUGACAUGUGGAUUACAGAGCAACCUGCCCUAGUAGAGGAAGGUGACCUCUUGGACUCAAAAGAAGAUCUUUCGCCUUGCUGUCCUCAUCGACAUCCUGAUGAAUCUAUCCUUCAGAGAAACACUGACAGCAGCACUUUUGGAAACCAAGUAAGUGCAUAUCCUGAGGACAACAACAAUUCUAAAGUAAGGGUUCAUAAAGAAAAUGGUGCUGAGUGCCAAACCGAUAAUCCCAGAAUGAAGAAAGGGCCAUCCUGGAUUGUGGAAAAUGACAACAGAAUGUCAGGAAAGAACAGAUUUUACUCUCGAAAUACUCCGUCCCUGCUGGAACCCGCAAAAACUAGUCAGUACACUCCUACCUGGCGAUCUCACCUUGAGUACACCGACUGGAGCCCCAAAAUUCAGAAUGCCCCAAACAACAUCCGUCAGGAAAUCGAAGAAGACCUUAGACGAGAACAAGAGCUCCAAGAGCUGAGAGAUUCCAGUAGUCAGGCUUUCUCAGUACCCAACUCAGCAUCCGUGAAUCCAGCGCUAACUUCCUCUGAACCCAGGCCCCCAAUAACCAGUGAGGAAACUGUGUUUUCACCACAAACUCCACAUGGGAGCAUGGCAGAAGUGGAUUCUGUACUUCCUGAAAAGAAGACUGAUUAUAGUAAUCCUUAUUCCUGGAGUCUGGACACUUCUCGAUUAUUCAUUAAAGAUAAAAGUUCACAGUUGUCCUCACCGCGACUCAGUUUCAGACUUCCCUCUAUGUCAAUUAUGACACCCCAGCCAUGGGGCAGUCCAAAACCCAUGUCCCCAAAUGUUUCCCGGGUAACCUCCAUCAAGCCCUUGAGCGCACUUGCUGACCCGCCAUCGCCUUCUUCCCAGAAAGGACUGACUGAGACACUGCUAAAGGACUUUGAGGACAGACGGAUCAAACUGAAGCUGGAAGAAAGUGCAUAUGCUGGGAUCCAACCUCGUCUUGAUGCCAUAAACAAUGAGGUUGUAGAGGCCACUCGUGUAACAAGGCAUAAAAACCAACGGGCCCUGCAGUGGGAGGCAGGCAUGUAUGCCAACCAGGAGAGCUAAUGAAUCAGCACAAA